UGUUCGAACAUGGGCCAAUUUGUUGGAGAAAGAGCUCGGCGAACUACAAUCUAUUCCCGGUGAUGAUAUACUUCGUCCAAUCUAUCAUGGCUCCAGUUUCGGACGCCAGGAGGUAAAUGAAGAAUUUGCGUUUGCCCAACUCGACAAAGCUGUGGAGAAAAUUGAGGCCAUUGUGCGACAAAAAGAGGCACUGGUUGAUAAAAUCAAACUGGCUGCUGAAAAAGCUUAUAAAGCACGAGGUGACCAACCUCCAAUCGGAUGUUACUAUCGGGCCAAAGCGAUCACUCUAUUCCCGGUGGUUCUCGCUUCGAAUGAAACGCAAAACUGCAGCGAGAAGCUGUAUGUUCCACUACGGGAGAAUCCGUUAUUCGAGAACAAAUACGUAUCGCUCAACUACUCUGUCGCGCAUGUGCCCACCAAUGUGUACGAUCUGUGUGCGAUGUGGGGUAUACAACUGGAUGAAAUGAAACUGGACUUUUUCGAUUGUCGUUCACAGCCAUGGUGA